AUGUACGACCCAUACGCCAAUCCCAACGUCCACAACUCUGUCGGUAUUCCCUCGCAAUCCAAAGCGACGGGCUCAUCUCCUGCCAUGUGGAGUAACGAGCAAGGCGAGUCAUUCGUGGAUGAGAGUUUUCUGCACUCGGUAGCCUACUGGGACGCGGACGUCGAACUUGGCAAAAUGGCCGCUGCGGCGGUAGCCACCCUCCCCACUCCGGCGGCGAGCGUCUCGCCACCCGGCGCUUCGGAAGAGAUCCCCCGGAUUCCUUCACCCAGGCCAGUCAUCAGCAUGUCCACUGCCUUCACUAGCAGUGCGUGUCAUGGCGGCGUCCCUCCGGAUACCGUCCUUUCGUCCACAGAUGGCAUCUACUUCUAUGUGUCCCGGUCCAUCCUAACGCACGCGUCAUCCAAUAACUUUGGAGGACUCUUACCUGCGAAGGGCGUCUCCCCGGAUGGUCUCCCUUUCGCGCAGACCCCCGAUCCGGCAGACGUGCUCAACGUGAUCCUGCACGCUGUGCACGACAUGCCGCCCGCGCGGUACACACCAACUCUAGCCACCCUCGUCGCUGCGCUCGAGCGACUGCCGGCCUACGGACUGAGCCCGGCGCGGUACGCUACUCCGCCGCGCGCACUGUAUAGCGCGCUACUGGCGCAGGCGCCCCUUGCGCCCCUCGCCGUGUACACUGCGGCGGCGCGCAGCGAGCUGCACGACCUCGCGGUGGCGGUCUCGCCCCAUCUGCUGUCGCUGCCGCUACAUCGUGUGACAGACGAGCAGGCGAUAGCGAUGGGGCCGGUAUACCUCAGGCGGCUCUUCAUGUUGCAUAGGAACCGUAUCGAGGCGUUGAAGGAGAUCCUGGCGCCGGCGCCGUACCCGCACCCGGAGACGCCCAGUUGCAGUUUCGCGGACCAGAGGAAAGUAGCACGGGCUUGCCGCGGCGUAUUUUGUUACAGAAGGCCGUCCAGCAUGAUGGAGUCCACCGUGAACUCGCUCCUCACGGAGAUCGCUUGCGAGGACUGCAAGCAGAUGCUCGAGAGACGCUUGCAGAAGGCGGUCGUCGACUGGACGAUGACACCGCGCGCCUCGCGCCUCGCUGAACCCCGACAACUACACCUCAAGCUUGGUCCCCCAGUCGCGGCGACCAAGUUGAUCUGCGGCUGCGCAUCAGCGCACAUCUGUAUCUCUUCCUCCCUUGGUUUCGACGCGCAAGAAUGCUUCGACACACAAGGGUUCAACGUUCAAGCCUUCAACAUCGUCACCGACAACAUGGAUCUUCCGGGCGUCUUGCAAGGAUAA